CUUUCAUUUCGUCUAAGUGCAAGAUUGCUCAUCAUUCCAAUCCCCCUAAUCUGAUCACCAGAUUGUUUCUUCAACUUCUUCAACUUCUGCUUCCCGUCUGUUUUUUUACCAAUUAAUUUGGCAAGGUCAAACUUGAGUUGUUUGCUUCCUUCUUGGCUUCCUCCAGUGCAUAUUCAUAAGCACUUGCACCCGCCGUCGUCCUGCAGCUUCGGCACUUUACGCAGACUUGGGCACUUGGGCGCCGCUCAGAUUUCAAGCCUGGACCGGACCCCUGCAGACCGCAAAAUCGCAUCCUUUUGAAAACGCAUCUUGAAAACCUUCCGCCGGAAACUUUCCGCGACCCCAACCACAACAAGGCACUUCAUUCACGAUGCCGGGUCGAACAUUCCCAACGCUGACGCGCUCCGAGUUCGAGGCGCACAAUACUGCCAAGUCUUGCUACGUCACACUCGGUGCCAAUGUUUACGACAUAACCGACUUCGUCGAGUCGCACCCCGGCGGUCCCGAACUGGUUCUCGAAUAUGCCGGAAAAGACGUCACCAGCAUCCUCAAGGAUGAAGACUCGCACACGCACUCCGACUCUGCCUACGAGAUGAUAGAAGAGUGCCAGGUUGGUUUCCUCGUCAACGACAAGAUAGUACCCAACCACGACGUCCAGACGCAAAUAGUCGACUCCCAAACCAACGAGGAGGUCACGAAGUUCGUGCACCCGCGGACGGGCAUGAGUUGCGCGGAGGACUUGACCAAGGAGACGGAUCUGGAGAAGGAUUAUAAGCAGCACAGGUUUCUCGACUUGAGCAAGCCGCUUCUGUUGCAGGUAUGGUUUGGCGGAUUCAGCAAGGAGUUUUACCUGGAUCAGGUACAUCGGCCACGACACUACAAGGGCGGAGCCAGCGCGCCUCUGUUUGGCAACUUCCUUGAACCACUCAGCUUGACGCCGUGGUGGGUGGUACCGACGAUUUGGUUACCGCUAGUCGCAUACGGCACCUUCAUCUCGAGGGAGGGGCUCACCGGAUGGUCGCAAGUAGCUGUGUGCUGGAUCUCCGGCGUGGCGCUAUGGACUUUGAUCGAAUACAUUCUUCACCGAUUCCUAUUUCAUCUUGACGAAUGGCUUCCCGACAACCGAGCAGCCAUCACCAUGCACUUUUUACUACACGGCGUACACCACUACUUGCCCAUGGACAAGUACCGACUCGUCAUGCCGCCGGCCCUCUUUCUCGUGCUCGCAACCCCAUUCUGGAAGCUGGCCCACACCGUAUUCUACUGGAAUUGGCACAUGGGCACCAGCGUCUUCUGCGGCGGUAUCUUUGGAUACGUCGCCUACGACUUGACGCACUACUUCAUCCACCACCAAAACCUGCCUUUGUGGUACAAGUCGCUGAAGAAGCACCACCUGGCUCACCACUUCCUAGACUAUCAGAACGGCUUCGGCGUCACCAGCCGCUUCUGGGACAGGGUAUUUGGCACAGAGCUGAACCUGAAUGUGGGCAAGAAUGCGUAAUCGGACGUGGUAUUUCUCUCAUUCCGGAGAAAUUCCCCCCUCCCACCCCCGGUGUGUAUGUAUAUAUAGGAAUGGGGCUGGAACAGUAUGAAUGACCAAGACUGAGAUGAAAAUACCUCUGGCAUUGGUGGCGUUUGGAUGGGAUAGCUCCCAGAGGUCGUGAUGGACAUAGGGAGUUACUCACCCUGCUGGGCUUACAAUAAUGACUAAUUUCGAUACUAAUUUCGAUUCUACUUCACCUUGACUCGACUUGUAGUGGUAACAUCUCGAGGCUAGUCUGCCGGCAAAUGCCGGUUUAUCUGAUUGCUUCGAAGUUGGCACUUACCAGUGAGGUUUACAUGAGGCCGUCCUGGUGAUCGUAACCAGGUGUUUGGCUACUAUAAUCCAUUUAUUUAGAACC